CGGGUGGCCCAAGAUAGGGACGAUAAAGAAAGGCCCAGUGUUUGGAACUCAAAGGUAAAUAUUCUAUUGUGGAGCGGACAGGACGGGGACACAACCUCAAUAUUCACGUCGCCGCCGUCGCUUCUCCGGUCUAGGUUUCCGAUCAUGAGCUCGUCCUCCGAUCAACUUCCGCCACUUACACUUCGCACUGUUUCUAUAUCAUACUCCGAACUCAGGGACAGAAACGCUGAUUUAUCGGCAAAAAUAGAACAAGGUUUUGGGCCAAAUGGUUUUGGAAUUCUCUCCAUAUCAGAGGUUCCAGGUUAUUCAUUAUGGCGUAAGAAUCUCCUCCAACUUGGGCCCAGGUUAGCCAACCUUCCCGAAGAUGUGAAAAUGGAACUUGAAGACCCUAAUAGUAGGUAUAAUUUUGGAUGGAGUCAUGGAAAAGAAAAACUCGAAUCAGGAAAAUUAGAUCUUUUAAAAGGAUCUUUCUAUGCAAAUCCAAUACUAGAUGUACCUACAACAGAGCAAUCCUUAAUUGAACGGUAUCCAUCAUAUUGCGGGUCAAAUAUUUGGCCUCGUAAGGUUUUGCCCGAAUUGGAAACAGCAUUUAAAACCCUUGGAAAGUUGAUACUUGAUGUAGGAUUGCUCUUAGCUUAUCAUUGUGAUCGCUAUGCAAUGCUAGAGGGUACUGAAGGCGGACUUGAACGUACACUAGUUCGCUCUAGAUGUCAUAAAGGUCGUUUUCUUUACUAUUUUCCAGCGCAGCAUGGGCAACGGACUGCUGAUGCCCAUGAUUCCAUGUCAUCAUGGUGCGGAUGGCAUACAGAUCAUGGUUCACUUACAGGUCUUACACGUGGCAUGUUUUCGAGAAAUGGUGUAGGAGUAGUUUGCCCUGAUAGUGCUGCUGGCCUUUACAUAAGAACGCGAACAGGUGAAAUAGUUAAAGUGGAGUAUGGGGAGGAUGAAAUAGCAUACCAAAUAGGUGAAACAACUGAGAUCCUCUCAAGUGGUCGGCUUUGUGCGACACCACAUUGUGUUCGGGCACCACAGGGUGAGGGUGAUGCUGCAGCUGGUGUUGAUCGUACAACGUUUGCAUUAUUUAUGCAACCUGAUUGGGACCAAAAGCUUAAUUUUCCAGAGGAGUUGCAUAUUCAUCAGGAAUUGAUUCAAUCCAAUCGAUCUCUUACUUUUGGAGAAUACACUGAGAAGCUCCUUGACAAGUACUACCACCUCAAGAUGUAAAAAUAGUUGUUAUGAGAGUAGAUUUGAAAAGCUCCUUCACUCUGAUCUAGUCUAGGAUAGAUACAUCGAGCAAUAUGCACUAUGCAGACACUUGCUUAUAAUUGCGAAGGUGAUCUUCUGAACUGGGGUUUCGACAUUCUGAUAAAGACAGGAGAAAAAAGGUCAAUGUAGUACAAGUUCUUGUCCUCCUUACAAUAGCUAGUUGAUUAGGUCUUGGUAAAUCAUUCUUUCAACACCUUCAUGUACUCGAAAGAACCAUAUUUUGAUGUAUAUGUGGAACAGUAGCAAUUGGUUUACCAAAACUAAAACUCUGUUCUUGAGCUUCUAUCAA